AUGCGGGCCCUCAUCGUGUUCCUCAGUUCGAUAUGUGCGUAUAUUUUAGCGGAUAGUGGUUUCUGCCUGGACUACAUAAAAUGUAUGGAGAUUCUCGAGUCGAAACAAAGACACUGCACAGCAUUGGAGGAGAAUUUGAGAUUGCGACAAUCGACAACUUGCGCGAGACGGCGAUGGGAAAUUAAACUAGAAUUGAAUGGGUUGCAUAUGAGGAGGGCAGAGGUAGCGCGCGAUUGCGUUCAGAAAAACAUCGAUGAAGCGGAAGCUGGGGAAAAGGAUCUCGAUGAAGAGACGACUGCCCGGUGCGAGUCUUUAUCCAGAAAAUUCUUCUUCGCCCCUGGCGUCAAUGGGCCCGCCACGGCUGUGAAGGAACGGAAAAAGAGAUCAGCCUCGAAGAAAAAGGCGGUCAACAACUCUCGGAAAUCGCGGGCAACGGACUGCCGGAUUGAGACAAAACAAUGGCACAAGCAGUGCGCGGCCCUGGCUAAAUGUUGCCCACAGACUACAGAGUGUAAAAGCGAAACGCUAACGAUCAUGGACCAAAUCAACGAAUUACGGCAAAAAUUGCAAAAUGUUUCAGCGGAUUGC